AUGAUUGACAGGAGGCAGUGUUCACCUGGCAACCUGUUAGCAAGACCUCAGGCGCUGGCGGAGGAGGGACAGCAGAGGAAGGAAGUGACCCGUGUGGAGGAGGAGAGGAUCCAGGUGCUCAACAACAUGGACAAGCUGGAACAGAAGAUCAAAGAACUGGAUAACCAGAUGGAUGAAUCACUCAGAGAAGUGGAGGUUGAGGGUGCCUUGGUGCAGGCUGAGCAGGAGGCGGAGCUAACAGCUCUGCAGCAGGAGAGAGAUGCUGUGGAGACACUCGACACCAAGAUGGCCGUCAUGGAACAACAGGCACCGGACCAGAAGACUCAGGACUCUGAGGUGCUGGAGGCUGAGACAAAGCGUUUUAAGGACCUGGAGGACCAGCAGAUGGAGAGAGAGAGGCGUCAUGAUGAGGAGAAGGAGACAAGCACACAACACCUUGUCAGAGAGAUCACUGACUAUCAACUCAGCACCGUCACACGCAAGGAGAGGCUGGUGACCCUGAAGAAGCAGGCGGACCUGAUUACCCAGCAGGCUCAGCGAGAGAAGGAUAGCUUUCUGAAGGAGAGGACCAACCUGCAGAUGAUGCUGCAGAGGGAGAAAGAGACCAUUGCCUCUCUGGAGAAAGGAAUCUCCAAGGAGCACUUCCGUUCGCUGGAGGAGAGGAAGAGGUCAGUGAAAGAAGGCGGGGCCCACCUGAGUGACACGUUACCCAGGAAGAAGACCACUGUCACCCCUCAGUUCAGCUGUGUUACACUGGGACACAGCAUGCUUAACAAGCGUCUCAUGUCUGUCAUCGUCGACCCAAUGGUCUCCUGUGCCAGCACGUCUAAUGUGACCAGACUGGAGGAGAUGGAGCAUCUACUGAGACAGGCCCAGGAAGAGAAGAACCGCCUCAUAGAACACAAGGAGCAAGAGAUGGAGUCGUGCAAACAGGCUCUGGAGGAGGAGAGGAGGAGGGAGCAUCUGGAGAAACGACUGCAGGAGGAGACCAACAGACGACAGAAACUCAUUGAUAGGGAGGUGAAACUACGGGAGAAACAGAGAGCACAGUCCCGUCCUCUGACGCGCUACCUGCCGGUGCGUAAGGAUGAUUUUGACCUGCGGGCCCAUAUAGAGUCAGCGGGCCACAGCGCUGACAUGUGUUUCCACCUGUCCGUCACGGAGAAGAUUUGUCGAGGAUUCCUGGUCAAGAUGGGGAGAUUGAUCAAGACCUGGAAGAAACGCUGGUUCGUCUUCGACCGCGAUCGGCGAACACUCUCCUACUUCUCAGACAAGCACGAGGCCAAGCUGAAAGGUGUCAUCUAUUUUCAAGCCAUAGAAGAAGUUUACUACGACCACUUAAAGAAGGCACACAAGAGUCCUAACCCAUGUCUGACGUUCAGUGUGAAGACUCAUGACAGGAUCUACUACUUGCUGGCCCCCUCUCCUGAGGCCAUGAGGAUCUGGAUAGACGUUAUCGUCACCGGGGCCGAGGGAUACACUCAGUUCAUGGUGUAGAAGGUGUGAUGUGGCCAGGGUGGAGGGAUACACUCAGUUCAUGGUGUAGAAGGUGUGAUGUGGCCAGGGUGUAGGGACACACUCAGUUAAUGGUGUAAAAGGUGUGAUGCGGCCAGGGCGGAGGGACACAUCCAGUUAACGCUGUAAAGAGUGGUGCUUCGGCCAGAGUGGAAGGAUACGACCAGCGUGCGGUUCCGGGGCCAGGACUAGAUCCUCUCUUUUGGCCAGUGUAUUUACACUUCAUUAUUUUGAAAAGGUGAUUGGUCGUUGAUUAACUAGCAAUGUACAUAGCAACCACAGGAGGUUGGUGACAUAUUAUGAGCCGUCCUCACCUCAGCAGUCUUCACUGAUAGCAACAUGAUGUGCUGUAGUAAACAAGCAAAACAGAACAGUCAUUAAACUUCCUGGUUGUAUAGGGAUCAAGUUACUGAUAUUUACUCAACCCUUAUGUCCUCUGUUGUGUCCUCCAGUGUAGCCAGAGGUCAAAUCAUCUCUGCAUGGAGUGUCUGGGGUCCGGCUAGCCAGGGGUUGAUGCGGUAUUGGGCAUUAAUGUGCUUCUUAACCAUAAAAAAAUAUGAUAUUGUAUUUAUGCUAUUGAUUAUCAAUCCAUGUAUCUUUAUUUUUGCAUACAGAAAAAUUAAGCAAGAACAUAUUGUGCCUUGAAAAGUGUUUGGUCAUUUUUCUUGAAAUGAGAAUUAUCAUACGGUAUUGAUUUGUUGAAUGCAAAGAUUCUGGUUUUCACAGAGGAGCCAUGUGCUCAGAACCAGCAGUAUCAAAUGAGAACCACUAGAGGGUGAUCGUGUCCUGGAUUCAGACUGAAUCCUGGUCCUCUCAGGUGUAAAGGCACAUUGUGUUCACACACGAUUACUUUGGGAAUUCGAGACCUUCAACUAAAGCGGUCUGAGAGAACAUCAGAUAAAUGACACCUGCUAUGACAUCAUCUUUGGCACUGUUUGCUGUUCAGUUGGCAUUAGCAAGCUCUUGAUGAUUUUGUUUUUUCAUGUCAGUAACACAUGUUAAAUUAUCAUGCAAUGGCUCACAAUUCUUACUGUAUAUAAAGAAGGGACUGUGCCACAUGGAAUCUCUGCAGAAAUGAUGUAGUCUAUUUCAGAAUGAGGGGUGCUGUAACUCUGCUAGUGUUUGUUCUGUCUGUCUGGGGCAUGGGCUCAGGGAGUGUGUGUGUGUGUGUG